AUGUUCCUCUCCCUUCUUGACCGCCGACGCGACGCCGUCACCACUUGUGUACAGCUAUUGAGAUAUAGCAGGGACAUGGCGCUGGAUCCGCGCUUCUAUCAUCAACUGGGCCAUCCGGGCCCCGGCUCCAUCUCUUCGGCCGCCUCCUCCGACCUAUCAGCCGCCACAGGCAUCACCUCCCCCAGCAUCAUCUCCACCUCCGCCUCCGCCGCCACCCUCCGAUCCACAGCUUCCAGUCCCUCCUUCCGCGCGCGUGAAGGCUUCGCGAGAGAUGGAAUGGCCAGUCCCUCGCCUGGCGGAAAUGUGCGCGUGGUCGUGCGUGUGCGCAAGUUCUUGCCUCGAGAAAUCGAACGCAAGGCACAAUGUCUAAUCUCAAUGGAUCCUCAUACCCAAAUGACUUCUCUGCAAGCUCCGAAACCGAAACCGGGAGACGUGGGAAAACCAAAGUCGCAGGCGCGUGGGAAGGUUUUGGAGGAUAAAUCGUUCACCUUUGAUAAUUCCUUUUGGUCCCAUGAGGAGGAGGACGAACAUUAUGCACACCAGGAGGAUGUUUAUAAUUCGCUUGGCGAGGAAUUCCUGGAUCACAACUUUGAAGGAUACCAUACGUGUAUCUUUGCAUAUGGACAGACCGGUUCGGGAAAGAGUUAUACCAUGAUGGGCACGCCAGAGAGACCCGGCUUGAUUCCACGGACUUGUGAGGAUCUAUUCCAGCGCAUUGAAAGUUCGCCCUCCCCCGACAUCAGCUACAACGUUCGAGUCUCGUAUUUUGAGGUAUACAACGAGCAUGUACGAGAUCUGUUGGUGCCUCGAACGGAUCCCCCGCAUUAUCUUCGCAUUCGGGAAUCACCCUCAGAGGGUCCUUAUGUCAAGGAUCUGACGGAAGUUACGGCCAGAAACUAUGCCGAACUUAUGAAAUUCAUGCGGAAGGGUGAUGUCUCUCGUACCACGGCUAGCACGAAGAUGAACGACACCUCAUCCCGAUCUCACGCGGUCUUUACUAUCACGCUUAAGCAGAUUCAUCACGAUCUUUCUACGGACGAGACUACCGAGCGCACGGCUCGCAUUCGGCUGGUUGAUUUGGCAGGUUCUGAACGUGCUAAAUCUACCGAGGCGACUGGGGCUAGAUUGCGCGAAGGUGCAAAUAUUAACAAAUCUCUGACUACCCUUGGUCGUGUGAUUGCGGCACUUGCAGAUCCCAAGAAGAUCCGCGGUCCUCGAAAAGGAAAGGAGCUGGUGCCAUAUCGUGAUUCAAUCUUGACCUGGCUUCUGAAGGACAGUUUAGGUGGUAAUUCCAAAACUGCCAUGAUUGCAUGCAUUGCGCCUGCAGAUUACGAAGAAACCCUUUCCACUCUUCGCUAUGCGGAUCAAGCCAAGAAUAUUCGGACGCGGGCACGGGUCAAUCAAGAUCAAAUGUCGGCAGCCGAGCGUGAUCAGCAGAUUGCGGAGAUGACCGAGACAAUUCGUACACUCCAGUUGAGCGUUAGUCAAGCGGCGCUCAGCCAGCGAGCGAACGAAGCUUCUGAUGAACGACUUGAACAAUACCAGCAGAAAGUGGAGAAGAUGCAGCGUCUCAUGGAAGAGAAUAAUAUGGUCAGCGAGUGCAAGAUCCGACAACUACAAACAGAAAACGAAGCUUUACGAAUGCAUCUCAAGUUGGCUGUUGAGAGUCUCAAGAAUCCUAUCCCGGCUGUCACCCUGGAGCCACGGAAGCCCAGUUUUACAUCAAUGACAGACGAAAAUCAACCGCCCAGUCAUGAUGACGACCCCGAAGGUUCGCCUGAUGGUUCUCCCCAUGUCACAGACGACGAGUCAGAUAUCGAAUUGUGGGAAGAUGAUGAAACCGUCACCGACGAGGACCACGAGCAUGAAGCUCACCGAAUGCAGAACCAUAUGCAUGAUCUUCUUGGUGACUUGUCUGUCUUUAAACGAAAACUGGCUACAGACCAUGAACGAUUCCGCCCCAUUGAAGAGCCCCAGACUCGUAAACGUCGUGCUUUGGCUACCAUCACGAGCAAUCGUUAG